GUUGUGACUCCAACGUCUUCAACUUUAAAAACAAACGGCAAGAGCGCCGGUCGACGCUGGCGAGCCUUCUUUGUGUGUUCCAUGACGGGGGAAUAUGAGCUUUAUUUCUCGUGCAAAGAGGCCUGUGAAUGGUUUCUCAUGGAAUUUGGGGACAAUAGCUCAACUCACUUGAUUGGAGGAAAUUCCAGCGUUGGAAUGUCAAUACAACAAUUUAUCAAGUAAGUCAGUAACUUCUGAUUGCCGCACGGGAACUGGAUACUAGUGACAAAACAACUCACCACCCCACCCCAUUCCACAUCACCCAAACCGCCCUCCCACUUUACAACUGCUCAAGCGUUGGUUUUCUCGGAGGUUCGCGUUUAGAAAAAUGGUGACCGUAACAGAUUUAGUAUUUUCUCGAUGAAAGUCUUGAGUCAUCGCUGUGGCUUUUACCAAGCACCGCAUAUUUAUAAUACUCAGAAGUAAACUCAAAUAUUUACAUUCUCCGCUACGAUCUAUUAAUAAAUUACAUGUAAUACUUUUUUUGCUCUUAAUUCAGAUCUGAGAUGUCAGUAAACCUCACCGAAGGAAGAGCCUACUACUUUGAAGUUCUUCAUUACUUAGAUGAUGAAGGUCACCUGGUAUUUAGGACGAAAGGUCCUGGUGAAGAACGAUCGUCGGAAUUACGCGGUUCACAUUUAGUUGCGUAUAGAGAAGGCGAGUAA